UUAUGAGAAGUUUCUGAAAAGGUUUGCUUACCUUACUUAACUAAUUAAAGGCGAGCCACAUUUUCCCCUCUCUGGUCUCUGCAGUCAACCACCAGUGGCUACUUGAUAGUCACUGCCAGGUAGGGUUACCCAGAGGCCCGUGAUCAAGCCAUUUGCGCGAUGAUUGAGUCGACAAGGCUGAGUGCCUCGGUGGAAAUAUUUCCCGGUUGGACUAUCCUGUUGGCAGCCUGCUUACCAUCACGCUUGCUUUUAUAAUGAGAAAGGAAAUUGUUUCUGCUUUUAAUGAUGGCGGCUCCAGAAAUGGACGUGGAGGUGGAGCCUGGUCUCCGAGGUCCUGAAAUAGUCACCAUGGGGGAAAAUGACCCACCUGCUGCCGAAGCCCCCUUCUCCUUCAGGUCGCUUUUCGGCCUUGACGAUUUGAAAAUAAGUCCUGUUGCACCAGAUGCCGACGCGGUAGCUGCCCAGAUCCUGUCUCUGCUGCCACUGAAGUUCUUUCCCAUCAUUGUCAUCGGGAUAAUUGCAUUGAUAUUAGCGCUGGCCAUUGGUCUGGGCAUCCACUUUGACUGCUCCGGGAAGUACAGGUGUCGUUCGUCUUUUAAGUGUAUUGAGCUGACGGCUCGAUGCGACGGAGUGUCAGACUGCAAAGACGGGGAAGAUGAGUACCGAUGUGUCCGCGUGAGCGGUCAGAACGCCGCGCUCCAGGUGUUCACGGCUGCCACCUGGAGGACCGUGUGCUCUGAGGACUGGAAGAGUCACCACGCUACCGUUGCCUGUGCCCAGCUGGGGUUUCCAAGCUAUGUGAGUUCGGACACGCUCAGAGUGGAUUCACUCGAGGAGCAGUUCCGAGAGGACUUCGUUUCCAUCAAUCACCUCUUGCCAGAUGACAAAGUGACCGCUUUACACCACUCGGUGUACGUGAGGGAGGGAUGCGCCUCGGGUCACGUGGUUACCUUGAAGUGCUCAGUCUGCGGUCUGAGGACGGGCUCCAGCCCGCGCAUCGUGGGUGGCAACGUGUCCUUGCUGGCGCAGUGGCCCUGGCAGGCCAGCCUGCAGUUCCAGGGCUACCACCUGUGCGGAGGGUCCGUCAUCACCCCCGUGUGGGUCGUCACUGCUGCCCACUGUGUUUAUGAUCUCUACCUCCCCAAGUCAUGGACCAUCCAGGUGGGCCUCGUUUCCCUGCUGGACAGUCCAGCCCCUUCCCAUCUGGUGGAAAAAAUCAUCUACCACAGCAAAUACAAGCCAAAGAGGUUGGGCAAUGACAUCGCCCUCAUGAAGCUGGCCAGGCCUGUCACUUUCAACGACAUGAUCCAGCCAGUCUGUCUGCCCAACUCCGAAGAGCACUUUCCUGAUGGGAAAAUAUGCUGGACGUCAGGCUGGGGGGCCACAGAGGAUGGAGGCGAUGCCUCCCCGGUCCUCAACCAUGCGGCUGUGCCUCUGAUCUCCAACAAGAUCUGCAACCACAGGGACGUGUACGGUGGCAUCAUCUCCCCCUCCAUGCUCUGUGCAGGCUACCUGAAAGGCGGUGUGGACAGCUGCCAGGGAGACAGCGGGGGGCCCCUGGUGUGUCAAGAGAGGAGGGUGUGGAAGUUGGUGGGAGCCACGAGCUUUGGCAUUGGCUGCGCCGAGGUGAACAAGCCCGGAGUCUACACCCGCAUCACCUCCUUCCUGGACUGGAUUCACGAGCAGAUGGAGAGGGACCUGAAAACUUGAAGAGAAAGAGGCAGGUUACCACCUUGAGUUCCUGCCAGGAUGGAGACAUCCCUGUCCUUCCAUGGAUUCUAACAGCAGAGCCAAAAGAAGGAGCAUC